CAGUAACAGGGCUGCCACAUUGUUAAACGAUCCCGGUGUGGCCACACUGAUCCUCAUAAAGUCGCGUAGCUUUGUUACUAACUCCGUGAAAACUCCUUUAAAUUGGCUUAAAAAAUAAGUUAUAGUGCGAUUAAACCGAUUCGCGUGCUGGGCGAUAAGGCAGGGCCAUCCAUCCUUAUCAUUUCGAUGAGUUAUGACACAAUCCGUUGGCAAAAAACUACAAUUUCACCCAGCGCGACACGCACACCUGCGACAAUCCUUCGUUUGUGUGUUAACUUUGGCUUUUUGCCGCGUUUCUCAGUUGCGUGUUUUUGGCCAGGACAUUGGGAAAACAUCGGGACAACCAGCUGGAGGAGCAGUCAACAAAUCCCAAUCCCGGCGGACACGGAAUUUAUGUUUGUUUGAGCACAUUUCGCCGUCAAGUCAUUCGUCAGUCUUGUCACAUAUUUCCGCGCGGUAGGGGGAGGAAUGAGCAGAAAUGAUGGAAAAAAUGCGGAAAAACAAAUGCAAAAUGUGACAGAAACGCAACUGAGUCCUUUUAGCAAUCUGGUGGACAGGAGCUGCUCCCAUUGACGCUGAUAAAUGCGGGUUGAUUUUGGAACGGGAUUAUGGCGCAACAAAAUAUGUAUUACUUAUACUGGGCACUGACUGGCAAAAAUUUGGCAAAAAUAAAUGGAAUGAAGCCGGUCUGGUGCAGUGGUCGUCAGUGUAUAAAUCAUAUCAAUCGAAGCCUUCCUCCGCGCGGAAUUCAACAUGACCAGGACGGCAAUCCUCAGUUUCUGAUGCGAACGGGGCCAGAAGAUCCAGACGGCAAAGAUCAUUACAUUGACAUAUUCAUGCGGAAUCGGAAUCGGGGAAUUCCAGGGAACACACAAACAAUGGAGCACGCGACCAUGUGGAGCGGAGCCAUGAGGAGUGCGUCCCACGCGAGUGCCGGGAAUCAACCUGCAACGUGCCUUUUGUCUUGCCCAGAAACCUCACACAUCUCGCAUCUCACAUCGUCCAGUUGUCGUCGCUUUUAUCCGCAACAUGGACAUGGGGACCGGGAUCGUCGGAAUGCUUAUCAUGAGGCAUGAGGCGCACUUGUAGCUGUCAUAAGGCCAACUGAAAUAUUGGCAGCCCAAACAGAAACCGAAACGGCAACCAAAGAAGCAACCUUUUGCCUGCUCCCUCUCUUAGCUCCUUUCGAUGAACUGCACUGGACAAAAAGUCCACUUGAGGUGGAAAGAAAAGGCAAGAGGCACCAGAGAACUGCCCCAGGACGUGUCCUCCAUCCAUUUAUCUCACUCGACGCCGGCGACGGCAACGGGCAAAUAUGGAAAUUUGUUGGCCCGGCCGCCUUUUUUUUGUGAGACACCGACGCUUGUCCCCCGCAAAGCCGCCACUUAAACCGCUUCAUUAAACACUCCAUGAACUCCCUGUCCUGGGCCAAGUGUCCUUAUGUCCUGGCGGUGUAAUUAAUUUCUGCCACAGUCGGGUAUUUGAAAAAGCUUAGAAAUGCGGCCGAGGAGU